AUGCUCAGCCCUAGGAACGCUGUGGGCGAUUCCAGUGGACUGUCAAUGCGCCUUAAGGACGGCGUUCCGACGAUCAAUGAGCAGCCUGCACCCGCGGCCCGCAUUCUAGCAAGCAGCAGCGUUCUCGGAGGCACACCGCGGAGUAGCGGAGAGUUUUACUCUGUCAGCAAUAACUCAUCAGAAACUCUGGUAUCGGAAUACGUGACACAGCAGCCGACUAAUCGUGGACACGCACGCCCACUAAGGAGAAGCCUUGGUAUGCCGGCCCCGCAGUCGAGAGCGCCUGAAUCUUUGAUGAUGGGGUAUGCUCAAUUACACGGCUCUUUCUCGUUAGAUGGGUCCCUUGUCAGUCUCAGCCAAUUUGAUCAAGUCAAAAAGAAAGCUAUAGUUGGUCAAGGCGGUGGUGUCGUUGGUCUCGAGUCCAAGCGCGACAGUGGUCUUCUAGGGGGGUCCAUUUUAUUUGUUGAUCUGCAGCUUGCACCAGGAGAGAGUCGAGUUUUCGAGUACUCUUUUCGACUACCCAAAGGUCUUCCUCCAUCCCAUCGCGGAAAGGCCGUCAAAAUCACAUAUAGCUUGGUUAUUGGCACGCAGAGGGCUGGAGGAACAAAGGAGCAGCAAGUUAAGUCUGUUGAAGUUCCUUUCCGCGUACUGGGAAGUGUUAACAGCCACGGUGAGAUACUGGGACAUGAUCUGAUGAACCCCUACAUCUUAUUACGGGACCAGGCCCAAGUGAAAAGUCCCUCAAGCAGUGAUAAGGGAUCAAAAACCAACGGCAAUGGAGUCAAAGGGCAACAACCUGCCCUGAAUGACUUUUUGCUUUACGUGGAAGACCUGAUUCAUCGACCGCGAGAUGAGAGUGGCAGUAUCCUUCUUUCUCCGGCCGCUGGUAACUCUAGACGACCAUCGGCAUUCGAGGAAGCCAGCAACGCACACGAUGCUAUUCAUAUGGCAAUCAUGAGAAGCAACAUGACCUCUGGUGGGCAGCAGAGCCCGAACCGGUUCGAAAUUGCACGUAAUGGGCAAAGGGUUGGUGUAGUGAUGCUCACGAGGCCUGCCUACCGACUGGGGGAAGUUGUGACAAUGGCUAUCGACUUUACAGACGCUGACAUUCCGUGUUACGCCGUACACACUACAUUGGAAACAUCGGAGAAAGUAGACCCGUCGUUGGCAAUAAGAUCCGAGUCGAGCAUCCACCGAGUGACCCGGAAAGUUUAUUCGUCUUCAUCUGAAGCAACGAUGUACUCACGACGAGUCACCUUCAAGCCAACGAUUCCCAUCACUGCAACGCCUGAGUUUGUUACCAGUGGCGUUAGCUUGGAAUGGAAGAUUCGAAUCGAGUUUGUGGUGCCAUCCACGGGAAGCGAUUCUCCCAUUGAGCACGAAAGACGAGCACCACACCCAUUGUUGGAGGAAAUUUCACAAGAUGAAAAGGGGGGAACGGUCUUGGUGGCAGUGGAAAAUCUAAUAUGUGAGAGUUUUGAGAUUGCCGUACCUUUACGUGUUUAUGGCGCAGUCGGAACAGGACUAGAGCGGCUUGAGCGGGAUGAGGCUUCUGAAGAAGGCCUUGCUGUAUGA